GUUCACUUUGUGAGCUCGGUAGAACUCGUUCUAAGCUCGGCGGUACGUGCUCUCAAAUCGACUUUAUCAGUACGCACUUUAUUUAAGAAUAUCUAUGUGAGUGUUCUGUGCUCUAAAGUGCAUUAAUAGUGCAUCGGAAAAAUCUAUUUAAGCACAGAGAUUAUGCAUCUUAAAUCAAUUUUAUCAAAUCUACUGUUUCUUUGUGCGUUCACAUUGAGGCUCAAACCAAUAUUUGCGGAAUGUGAGAGCUCUCAGUUUGAGUGUGACAACGGCAGCUGCAUAUCGCAGUUCGAAGUCUGCAACGGCGACAAGAAUUGCCCGGAUGGCUCCGAUGAGACGGCCUUGACUUGUGUCUCCCAGCGGCAGCACUGUUCCAAGCCCUACUUCCAGUGCACCUAUGGAGCCUGUGUGAUUGGGACGGCGGGCUGCAAUGGAGUCACUGAAUGCGCCGACGGCUCAGACGAAACACCAUUGCGUUGCGGCAACGAAGACGAUAUACGACAGCACGAUCGCCGUCUGCAGGGCAAUUGCCAGGACAACGAGUUCAAGUGCCCAUCCGGAAUCUGCCUGGACAAGGGAAACUUCCUGUGCGAUGGCAAGGACGACUGUGCGGAUGGCACUGGCUUCGACGAGUCGGUGCGGCUGUGCGGUCAUAUGGAAUGUCCGGCGUACUCCUUCAAGUGCGGAACAGGUGGCUGCAUCUCGGGAUCCCUGUCCUGCAACGGAGAGAACGACUGCUACGAUGGUUCGGAUGAGGCGCCCUUGCUUUGCAACACCACCAAGAAGGAGACCACUCCUCUCGUGGUGGAGACCCCGCUGGAGCUGCUGGGCUGCCCGCUGCCCCUUGGCGACGAACGGCCCAUCUUGACCGGCAAGGGCAGCCGCAUCCUCACGGGACCCAUCACCCGCGGAACCGUGCGCUUCUCCUGCAAGCCGGGUUUCGUGCUGGAGGGCGAGGAGACCAGCUACUGCGCCAACAAGAAGUGGAGUACGAAUACGGUCCCGAAAUGCGUGAAGUACUGCAGCACUGCCGGCGAGUUUGAGGGUUACUCCACCAAGGCACUGUGCACCCACAACGGACAGGUGGUGGACUGCCGCAAACCGUUCCAUCCGCCCGGCACCGAAGUGAAGUUCGUCUGUGCCACCGGGUUCAAGACCCUAAACAGCCUGCCGGAGAUGAAAUGCAUGAAGGGCGGCUACUGGAACCGCGGACGUCAGCGGUGCGAGCAGGACUGCGGCUUGAUAGCCACGCCCACCAAGAGCUUCUCGGCCAACGGGUAUACCAUCAACAACACGGUGGUGCCAUGGCAUGUGGGCCUUUAUGUAUGGCACAACGAGAGGGACUACCACUUCCAGUGUGGCGGAUCGCUGCUCACUCCAGACCUCGUCAUUACCGCCGCCCAUUGCGUAUACGACGAGGGCACCCGACAGGCCUACAGCUACGACACAUUUCGGGUGAUUGCGGCCAAGUUCUACCGCAACUACGGAGAGACUACGCCGGAUGACAAGCGGCGGGAUGUGAGGCUCAUCGAAAUAGCGCCUGGCUACAAGGGUCGAACGGAGAACUAUUACCAGGAUCUGGCCCUGCUGACCCUCGACGAGCCGUUCGAGCUGAGCCACGUGAUCCGGCCCAUUUGCGUGACCUUUACCAGCUUCGCGGAGAAGGAGAGCGUCACGGAUGGGGUGCCGGGCCAGUUCGCCGGCUGGAGCAUCGAGAACAAGCACGAACUGCAAUUCGUGCCGGCCGUGUCCAGGGCGAACUCCGUGUGCCGGCAGAAUCUGCGGGACAUCCAGGCGGACAAGUUCUGCAUCUUCACGCAGGGCAAGUCGUUAGCCUGCCAGGGCGACAGUGGCGGUGGAUUCACGUCCGAGAUGCAGACCAACAUCUUCUCCGCCCGAAACACUUCCCGCCACUUCCUGUUCGGGGUGAUCAGCAACGCACCCAAUGCCGACCAGUGCGCCCACAGCCUGACCGUGAUGACCAACAUUCAGCACUUCGAGGUUAUGAUUCGGGAUGCGAUGAGCAGAAGCAUUGAGACCAGGUCCUAAGUCCGGAAACUAGUUAAGCUCCCUUGUGAUUAGAAUAGAUUUAAAUGCAGAUAUUCGGCGCCCAUUCUCUUUAUUUCCCCAGCCCAUGGGAACCUAAGCCAAGGAAAAAUAAAAAAUAUCAAUUAAAA